UUAACACAUAUUUUGUUCUAUUAUGCCAACCGGUGUUUACUUAAAAUAAUUGACAUGCAAAUUAGUACGCAUUCAAUAUACGAAAAGAAGGUUUGGGUUCGUUGGCGAAAAAAAAUUUGUCAGCUAUACGAAUAAAAACUGUAUGAAAAACAUUUUGCACUCAUAAACAGUAAAACAUUUAAGAAAUUUGUAGAAAUCGGCUUUCAUUUCGGCUUUCAUCUGCUUUCACAUGAUUUUUUUUUAUCUAGAUUUGCAAACACAUUGGAACCUAGUGUUUCAAAUUGGACCUGGAUAAUGAAUAACAUUGGGUUCUUAACAAAACUCAUGCAUUUCUACUUCAUACGUCUCGGUUAUACAUCUAGAAAAAAAAAAACUGUUCUGACCCUAUAAGAAAUAAAAGGAAAAGUAAAGGAAAAUAAAUAGAUACUGAGCAAAGAAAAUUUAACCAAAAACAUUUUUAAAAAAAAUAGAGACGGAUAUAUCCAGAAUACUUUCUUUGCGUGGUACGCAUACCAAGAAUUCUCGAUCAUAGCUGUAAAUUAAUCAGUCACUUAAUACCUUGGACAGAUUUUAAGAAUGAGAUUUGAAUAAAAUCGCUGUUGCGAGUAUAUUCAUUGGUUUAUCGUCAAGUAUUGAAGCGAUUCAAAUUUCAUUUCUAUUUUUUAAAGAUAAGUCGCUGUUGAAAAAAAAAAAAAGAUCAUCGUUUUCAUUAGUCUCAGGUAGAUGAUAUGAUUUCUGCUGCUUUGUACUACGAGAAUAUAUUUGCGGCCAAGCGCGACUCAUUUUGCGCAACAAACUUGUUCCUAAAUUUUUUUUUUUUUUAAUGACAAAUUUACCCAGCUCUCAAAGUGAGGCUUCGUAGCUCAAUUGGUAGUAGAUCCUAACAAGAUUUGAUAAACAGUUUACAAUCUCUUGUACCAAAGCAGUAUCUGGGAGCCCGCUGGGCCUAAGCUUUUAAAAGCUUUGUCAUUGCAAUUGCUUAAAAUGCAGCCACUUGCGAAGAUCAUUGCUUUUCCAAGAAAAUAAGACAAUUACCUGCGUUCUUUCUUUCCUUCUUGUUCAUCACUGUUUGUUUUGGCUUUUUUUUUUUUACUUCUACGAGAAGCUCACUUGUAUCUCGGGUAGGAAAUGGCUGCUAAUCGUUUUAAACUUUGGCUUUGUACGUCAAAUCCAUUCAUCACCUACAAUUAUUCUCAAGCGUAAAUGCGCUUAAGGAUAACACCCUGUUUCCAAGGGUGCGCUACCUUAAAAAUCGACCUCAUAUUGCACGCGAGGGCUCACAGAUCAGAUCAUGGAUACAUUUAAAAUCCAAACCUCGAAGUGUUUUUUAAAGAGUUUCAGGUUUGUAGAUCUACCAGCUAAAUUAAUUAGUUUAAGUCACAGGCCAAUAAGUUGUCUUCUGUCAAAGAUUAUAAACGUACUUAUCAACAAAGCAUUUCAAUUAAAUUUUUCUGUAGAUCGUUGCGUUGAUUUCGCGUAAAUCCGUCUCAUCUGUAGCCCUCAUGUUUCUCCAUUCUGUCCGAACAGCUCUGGAGAAAAAAUUUCUGAAAUACAACCUGUUAAAUUCACCCGUAAGUUCCUCUGUAGCCACGCGGAAAACUGUUAAUUAUUGAGCAGUUUUUAGCUUUCUUGGCGAAGAUCUCUGAUAUUUUCACGGGAUACGCCGCAUUAAUUUUCUACAUGUCAUUCUCGCCCUCCUUGGAGUUGUACAUUCUCACAAUUUCCGUCGCGAUAACGGCCGCGGGUUAUUACGUCCGAAGCCCCGAGGUCCUGUUAGGAAUUUCAAGAUCUUAUGCGCAGAUGCACCGCUGUUGAUGACGGCCACUUCACAUCGAAGGAAAACAUGGCUUUCAAGAACGUGUAACAACGUACACUGAAAUCACCAGCCCUGUGUCAUGAAGAUUUCAGUGGUAUGAUGGGAACAGACGUUAAAGACGGAUAAAGCUCAUUUAUCAUGCUAAUACAUUUUGAAGAAGCCGGGUGAAAGAUUUCAUUACUGUAGCUCGCACUCGUCAAGCAGGAUCAAAUACGUUGAAAUCUGCAGAUGUUGUACUUCCUAACACAGACAACAUUUUUGUCGUAAAGAUGGAUUCUAACAUAACAUCCAAUGCAAGUGUAACAACACUUUUUCCUUUCUAUUCCAGCCAAGUGAGUUAUGUUACUGAUGCAAUAAAUGCGAGCCAUGUAAACGUUUCUACAGACUACCCUAAUACGGCGCAAUCGCUCGACUUUUGGAUCGUAAAGCUUGUCCUUUAUGGCGUCAUUCUGCUCGGAAGCUCCGUGGGGAACAGCCUUGUAAUUUACAUCAUCGUCAGCAACGUCCGAAUGAGAACAGCCUCCAACUAUUUAAUAAUGAACCUGGCGCUGUGUGAUUUUGUCACGCCAGUUUUCAGCAUUCCUUUUGAUUUCUUUCUUGAGGAAUACAACUACAUCUGGAUGUAUGGCGCAGCUAUGUGCAAAAUCCUGUGGCCUUUGACAACAAUGUCUUCUACUUCGGCUGCGUUAACCCUAGCCGCAAUCUCGCUCGAUCGCUAUCGCGUUAUAAUGCACCCAUUUCGACCACGUUUGACGAUGUUCAAGAUCAAAUGCAUAAUUGCCGCAGUUUACGUGUUUUCACUGUUGAUGGUCGCUCCGUAUUCGUAUGUCCUUAUUCUGAAAGGAAAUGAAUGCCGCGAAAUAUGGCCUGAUAUCUCCUUCAAGAAGUAUUAUACCUUGGGUCUUUUCCUUGUGCAAUAUUGCAUGCCUUUGAUUUUUAUGGUGUUCAUGUAUUCGCUUGCGCUGAAAAAUUUGUACACUAGCGCAGACAAGACCAGCGGCCAGAAAGCCGAGCAAGAACAGGCUGCCGUCAGCCGAAAAGUCAGUCGGACAUCAACGAACUCGCGAUCGUCAGCAGCCGAAGCUGAACCGAAAUUGAAAAAGGUGUCGUCCACGGUGCGUUUGGUGCGUAAAUUCUCAUCCACUGUCAGGAGAGGGAAGACAGAAGCAAAUAAAAGAGCAACUAAGAUGUUUAUGGCCAUAGUAGGAGUUUUUACCAUCUGCAUGUUCCCCAAUCAAGCACUUUGGUUAUGGGCGGACUUCUAUAAUGAGGGGCAGAAUCCAAGAUUCUUGAACGCAGUGAUAAUCUGUUGGCUUUUCACGUAUGCCAACAGUGUCUGUAACCCGGUCAUUUACGCUGUUUUUAGCCGGGACUUUCGCCGAGGUUUUAAAAGAGCUUUUAGAAAAGCGUUCUGUUUACAUCGAUACAAAAACCGACAAGUAUAUAAAACAGACAUGGUCGAAACGCUGACAACAGAGCUGAAAUGCGUAGCUUCUGGAGAGACUGAGAAACGAAAGAGAAAAAAUGCUACUGUGCAACGACCUAAGCUUUAUCUUUUGUGAUCGCUGUGAUCUUUUGUAAAUGAAUAAGUUUCAGAAAUAACAGUAGCAUAUAAAAAAAUGCGGAAUAUCUUAAAUGCGAGGGAAGCAAAGAUCGCUGUAUUGUAGCGAACAAAACCAUGCUAUGCAUUAAAAAAGGAAAGCUUUUUGCUCUACUAAAUUCAAGAAAAAUUAACAAAAAAGUUUUAGGAAGAAAGACUGCAAUGGGACAUUUGAAGAUAAAAGCUUUGAGCGUAGUAAGGAUUUAUCUUUGAAAUGGACAGCUAAUUUGUGGUCAUGGCACAAACAGAUGUUUAGCUCUUAGUUGGUAACUAACGACGAAAUUUACAUACUUAAAAAAAAAUAGACAGCUUAUUAUACCCAUG